AUGGGGAGCUGCUGCAGUUGUCUGUGCACAGACAGCAUCCCAGACAACCAUCCCACCAAAUUUAAGGUAACAAACGUAGACGAUGAAGGUAACGAGCUGGGGUCUGGGAUUAUGGAGCUGACGCAGACGGAGCUCAUCUUGCACACUCACAAGCGAGAUGCUGUCAGGUGGCCCUACCUCUGCUUGCGCCGCUAUGGCUAUGACUCCAACCUCUUCUCCUUUGAGAGCGGUCGCCGCUGCCAGACAGGGCAGGGGAUUUUUGCCUUCAAGUGUUCCAGGGCAGAGGAGAUCUUUAAUCUGCUUCAGGACCUGAUGCGGUGUAACAGUAUCAACGUAGUGGAAGAGCCCGUUGUCAUCACCAGGAACAGUCACCCCACGGAGCGGGAGCUCUCCCGGCCCCACCAGACACCCAACAGUCUGGGGUACACCAUCCCAGGAUUUCCCAAUGGAUUUCACAGCUUUCCUGGAGAAACCCUAUCAUACUCUGCAGCCCGCCACCCCUCCGUGAGCAGCCUGAGGCAUUCCUCUGUGGGAGAAGACUCUACUCAUGCCCUUAUUGGGCCUGAUGAGCAGUCCCACACCUACGUCAACACGGCCAAUGGUGAUCAGGAGCUGAGGGGCCGCCACUGUAUGCACUCCUUGCCUGAAGUCCACCCUCCUUUCCCCCAUAGGAACCACAGCUGCUCCCUCGAAGACCGCAAUCCCCAGGUCUUUCUGCAGCCAGGGGAGGUUAAGUUCGUGUUAGGUCCCACGUCCAACUACAGACGCGUCUGUCGGCCCCGGGAGUGCAGGACGCACUUCUGCCCCCCCAGCAACAACAACAACGAGUGUGAGGAGGAGUGUCCUUCGCCCCAGUGUGUCUACGAGAACGUCAACGGCUUGCUGCCCCCCAGCACCUCCUCUCUCUGCCGAGGCGGGCGCUUGAAACUCACCCGGGAGGACGCGGGCUUACCUGGCUGUUCCCAUCGCAGAUCGGCAUUGCUGCACUAUGAGAACUUGCCGUCGCUGCCUCCGGUGUGGGAGUGCCAGCCGCUCCGGCAGGGCGAGGAGGUCACCGGCGCCGGGGACGUGCCGACGCCUUCCCCCAGCGGCUACUCCGAGGCUGGUGAAGAAGAUCCCCUGCAGAACUACAUGAACUCGGAGAACACCGCGCUGCAUGGGGGCAGCAGCCAGCGGCGCAGCGGCUUCCGGCGCAGCGGCUUCCUGCCAAAGCCUCGUCGCGGCUGCGUGCCCAGCGUCUUCAGCUUCGACUUCCCCCGGCCCUGUCCAGAGCAGCCGCGGCAACUCAACUACAUCCAGGUGGAGCUGGAGGCUGAGCCGCGCAAGGGACAUCAGAACCCGCCGGUCCCCCGUGCCCCACCUCUUGCCACCCACGAAGCCUGCCGGACAGACUCCUACGCCGUCAUUGACCUAAAAAAGACGGCAGCCAUGUCCAGUUUGCAAAGGGCCCUGCCAAGAGAUGAUGGGACUUCACGGAAAACUCGACAUAACAGCACUGACCUGCCUCUGUAA